AGAAACAUGGACAUAGCACAAAAAAGGAAUCCAAUCGAUAAGUAUAAGUAAUAGUAUAUCCAGAAAAAAAGUUACAUUAUGUGGAUAUUAACAAAAAAUGUUUUUGAUCCGUAAGCUGUAUCCAUUUAUUGAACAAUGUCCAUUUGUAUUCAUACAGAAUUUUAAUCUCGAAAAUUGCAGAGUUUUACGAACAGGAAACAUUUUAUUUUUAUUAUCUAGUAAAGUACGGAUUACAAGCCUUUAAUUUUUGUAUUGUGCCACAUAAUAUAUUUACAAGUGGAUUUUGGUGUAUAUUUACAAUUCAUGUGUUGUUUAUGCAUUGUCCACUGAUUAUAGACUUAAUUCAAUGAAAUAUGCUAAGUUUCAACCACUUUCUUGGGAAUGUCAAUUAAAUUCCUCCUAAGUGCAUUUUUAUUGUAAGUUUGAAAAGUGUUUAAUAUGUAGUUUCAUAUUAAGUUAAUGGGUUAUUCAAUGUUGUUUAAGUCAAAAGGUUUUUAUGCAUUGAUAAAACUGGAAAAGCGAUUUCCCAUGUAAAGAAUUCUACUACGCAACACGCAGUAAGUUAUAGGUAUGUUCAGCCAAGUCGCGUCUUUCUAUUCGAUCGUAUCUUGCAUCGGUAACCCUGAAAAUGAAGAGUUCAAGCCGGACAAGUUGUGUAAGCUGUCAGUUCUGUACACAAAUGAGCACCUGGUGCUUCCCACCAAUCGCGAAGGUGACAGUUAGCGUCGCAACACUGCCCUGUCAGGAUCAACUGAUAGGUCAGGGGCUGUCUCAGAUAGCGGAUAACGAGGCUGCGGUUAUCAGUCGCGAGGUAUCAGUGCGCAUGUGUGUGUGUGCGUGAGAUGCGGCGCGACGCCGGCCCUGACGCCAGUUUGUGUUCGACGUCGCGACGCUCUACAGUGGUAUAGUACCGCGGAAGUGACGAACGCUUGGUCUUAUGUCAUCGCCACACUAGUAUUGAAAACCAAAGAAGUUUCCUGGAAACUUUGACACUGUGAUAUUACAUUGCUGAAAGAUACUCAAAAACGUCAAGUACACUCGUGGGUGUUUGUUUUGCGCAAUUACCCCAUCUUCCGUUUCGCCGCACCAAGUCCUCUAUCUCGUGGUCUGUGGCAGUGGAGGGAGAUGUUAACGAGCACACCACAGGUGGAACCGUUACGAAAUGACACUGUGGAGAUGGGGGCCACUAUAGACGAUGUGCCCACCCUUGGAUUUUUCCCCGACUGGUGCAACAAUGCGUCCUACAAUGUCACUAUCGACAUGUGCUUCAACGACGGCCACGUCAUCUCCAUCGUCUUGUACUCUAUCCUGUUUGUCUUCUCAGCCAUCGGCAACAUCACCGUCCUCUCCAUCAUACUCCGGCGCCGCCGCAAGUCCACCUCCAGAAUUAAUACCAUGCUCAUGCACCUCGCCAUCGCUGACUUAAUUGUUACUUUUCUGAUGAUGCCGUUGGAGAUCAUGUGGGCGGCUACCGUCAGUUGGUUGUUGGGUGACAUAGCCUGCAGGAUUACUGCAUUCUUCAGGAUAUUUGGCCUCUAUUUAUCCAGUUUUGUCCUCAUCUGUAUCAGCAUAGACAGAUACUUCGCGGUCCUCAAGCCCAUGAAUCUGUCGGACGUGGACCGGCGCGGUAAGGUGAUGUUAACAAGCGCAUGGCUGGGCUCCGUCCUCUGCAGUUCUCCUCAGGCGUGGAUAUUCCACGUAGAAAGUCACCCCAAUGUUACAUGGUAUGAACAGUGCGUACACUUCAACUUCUUUCCCUCACCCUCUCACGAACUUGCCUACUUCUUCUUCGGGAUGAUCAUGAUGUACGGGCUGCCAUUACUCGUCAUCAUCUUCUCGUAUGCUUCCAUCCUGGCCGAGAUAUAUCGUCGCUCCCAAGAGCCUGGAGACAAUUUCCGGAGGUCAAGUCUCGGAUUUCUGAGCCGGGCGAAGAGUCGAACACUCAAAAUGACAGUCACCAUCGUCAGCGUGUUCGUUGUCUGCUGGACUCCCUACUACAUCAUAUGUGUGUGGUACUGGUUGUUCCCCGACUCCGCAAGGGAAUUGGACCAGCGCGUGCAGAAAGGACUGUUCCUGUUCGCUUGCACCAACUCCUGCAUGAACCCCAUAGUGUACGGCGUGUUCAACAUCCGGACGAGGCGUCGAGCUCCCGGCCAGCGGACCCAGACUCUGGACUCCAGGCACGACACGGUGGACGUGGUACGUCUGGUCAGCUGGAAGAGGUCAGCAUCCACUCCGGUCGGCGGUAACAGGAGGAACUACUGUCACACCUGCCGUUCCCGUAGUCGUCAGUCCAACUGCGUGCUCAUGUUGGAUGGCAUCACCAUGAUCACGCCUCAAUGAGACAGGCUAUCACAUGGCUACAGUGAUUGUGUCAUGUGAUCUCGAUAGAACUUUAACAUAGAUACUGAGUGAAAUCAGACUUUUAUUUAACAAGCAACAACAGUCGCAGAAAUAUUUUAAACUACAACUUUCAAGAGACUUUAGGUUUUGUAAAGUUUUUCUUCCAUUGGUUGACUAAUUUUAUAGCAUUUGAAAAGUAUUCACAAUUGUAAAGAAACCACGCCCAGAACACAGUGCUCGUUCUAUCUAUAUCUCAGUAGUUGUCUGCAAUUUCUUUAUUGGAGAGGACGAUCCCCUCUUUGCCAAAUCUACAUUAAAAAUAUCUUAUAAAGCAGCCAUAUAGCCUUUUCUAAGUAUACAGUAAGGGCCAAAUAAGUAUACGACCUGAAAAUGUCCUGAAUAAAGACGAUUAAUGAGAUUCAAAUUAAGAAUAGCAGUUAGAAAGAUAAGACAUUUUGUUAGCUUAUCCUUAAAACUGCAUGAUAUGAAGAGGAUAGUGAAAUGUAAACAAUAAAAUCUGAAUAUCGAAUGAUGGAUAUACUACAUGACGUAUAAUUCCCUAAACUGAAAAUUAGUAAACCAAUAACUAAGGUAUUAUCAUAAUAUUACAGACGUUCAAAUAAGCCCUACUGAUUUAAUCUAAAGUCUUCAAAUACAAUAGAUUUUUUUAUUUAACUUUGCUUGCAUAGGUUGAGAACAUACCACAUGUAAUGAAUGGUUUAGCUGUGCAUAAUGAAAUUGGAUCCUCUGGCAAGGCUCUCUUGUGUAUUGCUGCAAUGCAAUUAUGACUGCAAUUAUAUAUUGUUUGUUGAACAUGAGUUAGGGUUUUGAUAUAUAAUCAUAAAUUAAAAGGAGUUUUCUCACAUGAAUAAGCACUAUAAACAGAAAGUAGAUUUGUGAAUUGUUUUCGCAUAAACAUUUAUAUUAGUGGAAUGUUCUGGAUUUCUAC